UAUUGAAGUCAUAAAUUAGUAAGAUAAUGGUGAAUUCCGUCAGCCGUUAACCACACCGUCAUAUGGCCUUUGUCCAUGUAGACCUUCCUGAUAGAAGCUUUGUUUGAGAACAUUUACAGCCGGACUCACCACUCAACUACUGUAUUAUCAGCACCGUUCCUCAGUGAUCACCUCUUGUCCAACGACUUUAGUUUGGAGUUUGAGGAGGAGAAUCCACCAUGUGCUGUACAGGAAAGUGUGCGCGUCUAGUGGGACUGAUCCUUCUGCCUUCAGCCUUUAUUUGUAUGAUUUCUAAUGUGCUGCUAUUCUUCCCCAAUGGAGAGAAGCUGGAGACCGGACAGAUCACACUGCAAGUCUGGCUCCUGGGGGGUUUCCUUGGGGGUGGACUUUUUAUGCUAUGCCCCAGCUGUUCUGCUAUCCGAGCCGGGGGCAAGGGUUGCUGCGGAACAGGUUGCUGUGGGAACCGCUGCCGUAUGCUUAGCUCUGUGUUCUCCUCAGUUUUUGGCGUGUUGGGAGCCAUCUACUGUCUAAGUGUGUCCUCAGCAGCCCUGGCUAUUGGGCCAAAGUGUCAGGUGGCUACAGGGGAGUGGGUUUACCCCUUUGAAAAUACUGGGACGGGAAACGGCAGCUACCUUGUGAACCAGGAGCUAUGGAGUGAAUGCGCACAUCCUAAAAACAUAGUGAUGUGGCAUGUGGUCCUCUUCUCUAUCCUGCUCACCAUGGGAGGUCUACAGAUGGUGCUCUGUGGCAUCCAGGCUGUAAAUGGCUGCAUUGGCUGCAUCUGUGGGGACUGCAGAGACAGCAAGGAGGAUGAAAGUGGACUGUAAAGAAAGAUGGCGCAAUAUGAACUCAAGAUGGCAACAUACAUGAUCACCUCUCAAAGCUAUAUUCCAUUUGCAUUUCUUGACAAUGAAUGUAUAUUUGAUUUUGUGGAGGAUUUUACAUGAGAAAAACUGUGAAACUCACUCUCCAUCCUCCUAUUCAGCUGUUAAAUGAGUGUAAAUUAACUAAAAAAAAAACUAUUGCAUCUUCUAUGUAUCUUUUUUAAGCAGUACCAAUGCAUCAUCAAUCAUAGCAAAGUAAAAAUGUUCUGUUCUGUGAGUACAGUAUUAACUCUCUGAAAUUAUUUGAAAUCACCUUGCAUUCUGUCCACAACCAUUCAAACAUCUCUUUAGAUUAGAUCAUGGAAGUAUGGAUCAGACAUAAUUGCUAGCUACCAAAGCCUCGUUUGUUUAAUUGUUUAUCUUGGCUUGUUUUUAGACUGAAAUGUACUUGUACUUAAUUAUAGCAUCAAGAUUUACAAUAUUAAAAGAUUUUGUUCCUUUUUA